UCUUCACUCCAAGUUGGCAGGAGCAGCAGCCAAGCAGUCUGCUAGGGAUGACAGCAAAGGCUCUUCUCUUCCUGACUUUUAAAAUAAUAGUCGGUAUUCAGAGUGGUUUUCUGGGGUAAAAUCAUCUACUUUUCUGCUUAUUCAGGAUCCUAACAAGUCAGCCGCUACACUGACAAUAACAGGCAUGGUAUUGGAAAUGCCAAAUUUAAAAGUGGGUCACACUCCUAGCAUUCAUGAAUCCCCGUUUUCUAGAAUUCGCAGCACAGCUGCACCUCCCUCCAGCACUGCUCCUGCAUCUUGUGAGUACGUGCUUAGCUGUUUCUGCCCCCAGCUUCUAAACUAGUUUGUAAAUUUCUGAGCGUGGGGGACGGUCUGACUCACCUGAGCAGCAGCGGCAACACUGGCUGCUUCCCCUUCCGUGGGAUAGGUUCCAGGUUUAACUGAUGAUGUCAAGUCAGACUUUGAGUUGAGCAGUGCCAGUCGCUGACCUCCAUCAUCACUGCUUUGGGAAAGAGAAUGGUAUCAUUAAGUCUAGGUUGCAGGUAGCAGAGACUACUAACACUAACUUAAGGUUUCAUAUGAGGGAUCUGAAUCCUCACUCUCCUGCUGUCACCUCGGACUUUCGUCACUGUUGUCUCCAACCACUCAACGUCUCUUACCUGCAGGCUGGCCUCCACAUUCAUCUUUUAAUUUUGAAAGCCUCAGAACACCUUGGACCACUUCUUUGGAAAACUUUUCUCCCAGCAACAAGUCAUUCACUGCGAUCCUCCUCAGCAUAGCCACGUUUGAGUUUUCCAAGUCUAAACAGGACUGCCUUUGAUUUUCCCAUGAAGCUGCAUCACCGCCUGUCCAUCUUACUGGUGGUCACUCUUGUGCCAGCUGCUCUGGGUUUGGAAGAUGUGGCUCCACUGGGAGCGAAUCAGAGUUCUUACAAUGCAUCAUUUCUCCCAAGCUUUGAACUCUCGGCAGGUUCCCACUCAGGUGAUGAUGUCAUUAUAGUCAAAGAGGGAACAAAUGUUUCACUGGAGUGUCUUCUCACGGUGGAUCAGUAUGGAGAAGUCCACUGGUACAACUCAAAAGGACAGCAGCUGCACAGCAGAGGUGGAAAAUGGUUGGUUUCUGAUAACUUCCUAAAUAUCACCAGCGUAGCCUUUGAUGACCGUGGGCUCUAUACAUGUAUCAUCACUUCUCCAACACGUGCCUCCUACUCCAUCACCCUCCGUGUGAUCUUCACCUCUGGAGACAUGAGUGUCUACUAUAUGGUUGUCUGCCUGAUCGCCUUCACAAUCACACUCAUCCUGAAUGUCACUCGGCUGUGCCUGAUGAGCACCCAUCUCCGCAAGACUGAGAAGGCCAUCAAUGAGUUCUUCAGGACUGAGGGGGCUGAGAAACUCCAGAAGGCCUUUGAGAUUGCAAAGCGUAUCCCCAUCAUCACCUCAGCCAAAACCCUCGAGCUUGCCAAGGUCACACAGUUUAAGACCAUGGAGUUUGCCCGAUAUAUUGAGGAACUGGCCAGAAGUGUCCCUCUCCCGCCCCUUAUUCUGAACUGCCGGGCCUUUGUUGAGGAAAUGUUUGAGGCUGUUCGAGUGGAUGACCCUGAUGACAUGGGAGAGAGAAUUAAAGAGAGACCUGCUUUGGAUGUUCAAAGUGGCAUCUAUGUGAUUAACCCAGAGCUAGGCCGAAGUAACUCUCCUGGUGGAGAUUCAGAUGAUGGUUCUCUAAGUGAGCAAGGACAGGAGAUAGCAGUGCAGGUGUCUGUCCACCUUCAGUCAGAGACCAAAAGCAUUGGGACAGAUUCUCAAGACAGUAGUCAUUUCAGCCCACCCAGUGACCCUGCACCUGCUGAGAGCAGCAUUCACCACAGAGUGAGCAUAUGACAACUGACAGCUUGCCCAGAGCUCAAGAAAAGAGCCUGGCUAUGAGAACAUAACAUUAUUGUGAAAUGACCAGGGUCUUCCCUUUAACCUUAAACACACCACAGCGUGAAUUGCCAAAGUCAUUGUGAAAGGGCAGCAUUUUUCUGAUAUUUGGUCAUUUUCAUUAAGGUUGCUAGAGUGAUGUAUGUUAAAAUUGAAAGGUGCCUGGGCCUGAGUAAGACUUCUGGUCACAGUUUUUCUAUGGCUCAUGUGUGACACAUUGAAGCCUGAGUUUCCCCAUCAGUGGAAUCAGUGAUUUGUUCUCGUUGAGUUGAGACUUCAACCAAAACUUCUUACCUACUACACCUCUAAGUCAGCCUUUCACUAGACCUUUGGUCCAUCCUUUGAGACUUUAUUCUGCACUCUAAUUGUCUACACCAAUGCCAGACGUGGAGAUGCUCUCUGCCCUGGGGAGUGAACGUGUGCUGGUGCAGGUUUUAAGUGAGGUACCACUUAGUUACACAGAUCUAGAAAGUGAAAGUCACUCUCACUGGGCGUGGUAGCUCACACCUUUAAUUCCAGCACUAGGGAGACAGAGAUGGGCAGAUCCCUGAGUUCCAGGCGCAAACCCAGGACAGCCAGAGCUACACAGAGAAACCCUGUCUCAAAAACAAAAGGAGAAGAAGAAAACCACUCCGUGAGAAAUGUAUUCUUCUUGGGACUACAUCCUGUCUUUUUAGCUUACCGAAACCUUAAGUCCAUCGAGGCUGGCCUUGAUGUCCCCAAGGGAAAAUGUUUUUGGUGUUUUGUGAACAAGAACUGUGUCAAGUCACCUCUCUGGAAAAUCAUCAGUUUUGAUACUUUUUAAUAAUGUCUCAGGCUUUCUCUUUUUAGACGAACCAAAUUCCCAGGUGGGCUUUGUGUAGGUCUAGAACUGCAAAAUCCGCUUCAACCUGGUGCUAAAGGUGACACGCCUCUUCUUGUCGUGUUGAGACUCAGUGGUAGUGUUUUGGUUCUUCGGAUAUAUCCUUUUGAGUGAGGGCUCUUUUGUAGCCUUUCUACCUGAAAUCAGAUGAGAGCAUUGUGCUCAGUGCAUUAUUACAUUAAAACGGGCAAUCGAGACCUAAGCAGGGAAAUGACAAGUGAUGGUGCUGCCCGCCUCAUCUGGAUGCAGUGAGCACUGAAGCUGGCUGGCCCCUCCUGCUGGCUGAGAGUGACGUGACAGAUUGUAAAUAGUCUUCCCAAUCAUUCCCUCCGCUGUAGGAAUCGCGUGCCAUAGAUCUUUAACAUCGUGGCUGUGGAGCUCAUUGUGACGCUUCACUUCAUUUGGCUUCUGGUUGUGGGAGAUUUGCUUGAGCUAGAAGGUCCUGAGGGAAAUGUAAAGUGUCAAACAGAGGACAGCAGGAGAUUCAAAUUGUAACCAGUGAGCUCAGUGACUGCCUUUGUUAGGCUCAUCAGAUAGGACACCUCCACUCUAGACAAUGUGAACGAAUCAGUGUGCAGCUUUAUCAAGUGGCAUAUGGAUAAUAUGGUAAUUCUGCCUUUUCUGUCUCUCAGGCUGUUUCCAUGGAAACCUCCAGGGCCAAACAAAAGCUACCAAUCAUUCAGCCAAAAGCUUGCCUUGGCUCAGAGAUGUGAGUUUCUUUAAGGAAAGCUGUUUUCCUAUAUUUGGCUGAGAAUAAGGGCUCUUAAACAUAUCCCAAGUUACAGAACAUGAUUUCCCUUCCUACUGUUCUUUGGACAUAGUAUGGGGUCAGUCUCCUGAAUUUCCCUCAGAUCUGGAUUCCUUUGCCUGAUAAAGCAAGGUUGGGGUCAUUUCUUAUAAUGAAGUCUGUUGCCUUAAAUACUGGGUUUACCCCCACGUGUUCCUAGAAGGGACAUUAAUGACUUGAACUUUAAGGUAGACAUAUUGAGUGACCAGAAUUUCAGAAAAUGAUACUUUGCAAAAGUGGAAAAUACCAAAACAGUUGGGUAAGCUUACAGAAUUUAUAUAGGCCACUCCACCAUAGCCUGCGUCAGUCAUCACAGAAACAUAAAACAGACACUCAAUGUGGUGGGACACAGCUGUACUUCCAGCACCUGGGAGGCAGAAGCAGGAGGAUUGCAAGUGCUAAGCCAGCCUGAGCUAUCUAACAAGAUCCUGUCUCAAAAAGCUAACCAAUAGGCAUCUAUUUGAGGGUGGGGGUCAAUUUUCCUGCAUGCACUAAGCCUGGACUUGAUCCAGUAGUAUCCUAACCAGUGGCCAAUGCAACUGCCCUGCUUUGAGCCUUCCAAGUUCUGUUAAAAUGGGGUAGGGUCAAACUCAGGAGGAAUGGCACACCUAUAAACGCUACUUUUCAAAGUGAAGAGGACAACUGUUAAUAUUUUCUAUGUCUAAUCAAACCAAAUGAAUUUAAUCUCACCUUUUUUACCUUAGGAACUUAAAACCACAGUCUGAAAGUCUGUUACCAGCUGGUGUCAUUAUCUUUCUGUAUGGCUGAAUUUUAUAGAUUAGUUUUGUUUUGUUUUAAAUGCCUUUGAACAGCAAAAUAUGUCUAAAAUAGGUCUGUGGUGUCAUUAUCUUUCUGUAUGGCUGAAUUUUAUAGAUUAGUUUUGUUUUGUUUUAAAUGCCUUUGAACAGCAAAAUAUGUCUAAAAUAGGUCUGUGGUGUCAUUAUCUUUCUGUAUGGCUGAAUUUUAUAGAUUAGUUUUGUUUUGUUUUAAAUGCCUUUGAACAGCAAAAUAUGUCUAAAAUAGGACUGUUGCCGUAUUGUGAAUUCUGUAUCAUCAUUUAAUGAACUUCAGUGUCCUUACAGAAUUAAAUAGUGGCUUCAUAAAAUAGAUCUACCAAAAGUUGCCAUUUCAGCAUCUUCAUAUACUCCUUCCACACAUGCACUCUUUAAGUUGAUGCCCUGUUGUGUUUAGAACAGUUUGAUAACCCCAGUCCUCAAAGCCAUGUCUAAUAUGGCUUAAAUUUUUUUUUUAAAAAAGCAGGACUUGCCUUACUGUCCAACCUGGCUUCAAACAUGUUAUCCUCCAGUCUCAGUCUGGAUACUAGAAUCAUGCAUGCACUGCACUGCCAUGCCAGCCUUCAUCUGCCUUUGUUCAAUAGGUAGCCUAGACUAGCCUUGAACUUGGAGUAGUCCUCUUGCUUCUGCUUCACAAACACUAAGGUUACAAGUGUAUGUCACUAUGCCUGCCUUUUAGGCUUACUUCUUGAGUCAAGCCCAGUGAGCUUGUCUGUUUCCUGUCCACUACACAUUGAUAUAAACAUGGUAAGAACUGCUGACUCUGGGACAAUCGUGAGAAAGCCCCCUCUGCUACUUUGCCUCCCUUCCACAUGCUAAAGGUCAGAUCCCCAUCUGCAUGCCACUUCCUCUUCAGUUGCACAACCUCAGGAGCCCAUGGGCCAAUGCUUCCGACAUCCUACAUGUGGUUUCACCCUACAACAGACUAAGCUGGAUCCCUGACUGACCCAGGAGGCUGCGUGCAUACUGUCUAGAGCCUCACUCAGCACAAUGCUGGCCUCAUCCCCACACCAGCCAUUGUAACUAUAAUGUAUCCUCGUUCCAGAGCCAGUCUUCUCAUCUAGGCAGGAAUGUGACAACACUCAGCCUCGUGAAAACCUCUGGGUGCGUAUGAACCUGUCACACAAAAGGGAAUGAGUGUUGUUUGAUAGUACUUGUAUCCCAACAAUUAUUUUUAAUAAAAUUUGCAUUUAAAAAGUCA